AUGGUGGACGACUUCAGUCUCCUCCCUGCUCUGCUCUUCAUCACGUUCUUCUUCUUCUACUACUUUAUUCAGCAUUGCUCAUGCGAGAAGAAAUCUAAUAGAGAGCCUCCGACGAAAAUAAGCUUCUUCGAAAUGGUGAAGAACAAAGAUCGGAUUCUGGAGUGGACAACGGAGCUGGUGCUGGCGAGCCCAACCUACACCAUCACCAUGCCUUCCACUGUCAUCACCAGCAAUCCCAAGAACAUCGAGCACAUCCUCAAGACCAACUUCCGCAACUACCCCAAAGGCGACGACUUCAUGGCCAUCUUCUCGGAAUUGCUAGGCCAUGGCAUCAUCAACUCCGAUGGCGACCACUGGAAGCUCCAGCGGAAGGCUGCCAGCCGCGAGUUCAGUACCAAGAACAUUCGCACCAUCAUCUUGGACAAGGUCGGCAGCGAGGUCGCCGACCGCCUCGUCCUCCUCCUCUCAAAGGCCGCGGCCACGGGCGCGUCCCUCGACCUCCAUGACCUCCUCGACCGCCUCGCCAUCGACAACGUCUGCCAGAUUGUCUCCGACGUGGAUCCAGCCUGGCUUGGCCACGGCAACGUGGACGUUCGCAGGUUCAUCCACGCCUUCGAGGCGGUAUUGGGUGUCGUCAACAAAAGGUUCAACCAGCCUUGCUUUGUGUGGAAGCUUCAACGGCUGCUCGGCGUUGGAUCUGAGCGGCGGCUGAAGGAGGAGAUCGGCGACGUGCAUGAGUUCGCCAUGAGGAUUGUGAAGCAGAGGAAGGGAAGGAAGCCCGAGGAGAUAAGGAGCAGCAGUGACUUCCUCUCGCAUUCCGUGCUUAAUGGGAACUCCUCCGACGAGUUUCUUCGUGACAUCAUCAUCAACUUCGUGUUUGCCGCUCGGGAGACCACGCCGACCGCCAUGACCUGGUUUUUCUGGUUAGUCUCGACCCGGCCCGAGGUUGAGGAAAGGAUUUUGGAUGAGAUCGAUUCAGUCAGGGGGAGGCAUGGAAAUCAUGAUGGAAAGCUGACAAUGGAUGAGCUGAGAGAGAUGGAUUACCUCCACGCGGUGCUGUCGGAGACGCUAAGGCUCUACCCCCCGGUGCCGCUCUGUCCGCGGCAUUGCUCGGAGGAUGACAUGCUGCCGGACGGGACAAUGGUGAAAAAAAGGUGGAGGGUGAUUUACAACAGCUACGCAAUGGGUGCGAUGGAGAGCAUUUGGGGGGAGGACUGCAAGGAGUUUAAGCCAGAGCGGUGGCUGGAGAACGGAGUUUUUCGGCCAAAGAGUCCGUUCCAGUUCCCGGUGUUCCAUGCCGGGCCGAGGACGUGUCUGGGGAAGGAGACGGCAUACAUCCAAAUGAAGGCGCUGGCUGCAAGCGUGAUCGAAAGGUUUAGUUUCGAGGUGGCGGCGACGACAGAGGUUGAAUUUAUCUCGACUUUGAAGAUGAAAGGGGGGUUUCCGGUGUCGGUGAGGGAGAAGCAGGGGAAAAGAACGUGCAAAGGUGGCGGUGACCUUGCAAUGGCUUGA